AUGCCUUUGUUACGAUCGUCAAAUCGUCCGACACCUGUACAAUGUUUCUUUUGCCUUUCACCUUCCUUACUCCCUCCACAUCCAUCAGCUUCAUCGCCAAUACGAGACAUCAAGGGGAAGAGUAGGAUAGCAGAGAUAGGCACCAAAUGGAACUGGCAAUGUGAUAGGUGUGGAUGCUGGAAUAUCAGAGAUGAGAGAGGAGAAAUGAUCUCUGAUCUACCUGCUAUGCAUGAUACGGCAUAUAAUGAUCGGUCGUUCUCGUUAAGAGCUAAACCAUCUUCAUCACAUUUACCGUCAUCUUCCUCAACGUCACCAUUCUGUCAUAGCUGCUUGGCAAACCAGACUUUGAUCAUGAACAUGUUGGCUAAUUAUCUUCCGGAUGACGAGGACCAUUCAUAUCCAAUGCUAUACGCCGAACUACCUAAUUACUUGACUAAACUCCAUUCUCGUUACCCUCCAGUAUGCAGGAGUUGUCAACCUGCCGUUGACGAGAUUCUCAAGAAAAGUGAUCAUAGGGCUCAAGUAGAAGCUUGGGGUUCUGCCCUAAACAGAGGUUUCCGAACAUCUGAUACCCAUGCCGACUCGAGCAAAAGGGAUAUGAAUACUGUGGGAAAGGGUGACAUCAUUACUUGGAGUCUGAGAGGAGCUUUAUGGUGGACUGGAUUAGGAUUAAACUGGGGUCAUGGGUUAUUGGCGACAAUGAAGCCUGCUCGUUUGGAAAGGAUGUUCCACUCAGAUAUACCUCUACUCCCGUCUACAUCGAUAUUAUUGCUUGGCUUCAACAUUUCAUCCAUAUUGUGGAUAGCGUGGGAUCCAUAUUGGUUGAAACGAGCCAGAGGUAGAAGUAAAGUCAAGGUUGAAGGAAGAGACAUUUGGGUUAGGAAUAUGGUCCUGAUCAUGAUACUGAGAAUUGCGCAGAACUCAUUGAUCUGUUACGAUUCAUUUGGAAAACUGAGCCGAAGCUGGAUCAUCACGAUGAUACAGAUGGGGUUCGCUUUGGAAGUGACUCUUCUCCUCCACUCAUUAAUGAGUAUACGAAUAUCGCAACCUGUCCCCAUAUCACUAGUACGACCCGUAUCCAUCUCUUCUUCCCCAGCCCCUCAUCAUCCCACAUAUGUGAUACCACCUCAUCCUUCUUCACCGGCUGCUUUCUCUUCCUCAUCACUAUCUCAUCCAUCCUGUCAAGCCACGCGUCCUAUGCAGGUCAAUCCAAUCUUCGGUCAAGCUUCACUACAUCAACCCUUACCCAUAUCUUCAAUUGACGGGGAGCCGAUGGACUGGGAACCAUCCCUAUCUACUCGACAACCCUUACUAUCUCCCGAAUACGAAGAUGAUUAUUUCUUUCGAGAAAACGGUAAAGAGAACUGGGAUAAAUUCGGCAUGGGUAAACAGAGAAUGUUUCAUAAUCAGGAUGAAACUGGAUUGGAGAAUCUACUGGCGGGUUGGGAUAUUGGUGAAAACAAGAACAUCAAUAGUCAAUCUAAUCAAUCAAGAAAUGUCACUGUCAAACACCAGACCGAUUCACAAGGGAUGAGGAUACUUAUAAGGAGACUUGGAAUUGGAUUCGUAAUCAUCAGAGUUUUGGGCUUGGCGUUCACUUUGGUAACUUUGAAACCGAAUUAUGAUUUACCUUCAGCUUCACCUUUGACUGGAAGUGGUAAGUAUGUGAAAGUCAUCAGUCAGUAUAUAUCAAUUCUGGAGAUUGUGCUUUCUGUCGUUCGACUACCAACGAUAAUCAAUCUAAAUGGCGGCAUCUUAAGUGCCCUUAUUCUCCAAUCUGCAUGGUCGGCGAUAGAUAUCGUGGCGAGAUCGGCGAUGGUAUUUCCGUCUAGCAAAGGCUCGAACGUAUCUUUGACGAAAUCGUUCCUGCACGAUACGGACAGCUUAGAAUGGUUACUUUGGGGAACAAUGGAUGCUAUAGGUGUAGCUGUACAAUCGUGA